CGGCCGGGAGCCGGGAGCCCAAGCCGGAGCCCAAGCCGGAGCCGGAGCGGGAGCGGAGGUCCCUCCGCGGAGCCGGGUCUCAGCCCCUGCGGCGGGCGUCAUGGCCGUGGACGUGGCAGAAUACCACCUGAGCGUCAUCAAGAGCCCCCCGGACUGGGAAGUGGGUGUCUAUGCUGCCGGGGCCCUGGCGCUGCUGGGAAUUGCAGCUGUGAGCCUGUGGAAGCUCUGGACGUCGGGGAGCUUCCCCAGCCCCUCCCCGUUCCCAAACUACGACUACAGGUACCUUCAGCAGAAGUAUGGUGAGAACUACGCAGAGGCCCGGCAGAAGAGAGUGCCUGCUUGGAAUGCCCAGCGGACCAGCACUAGGGGGCCACCCAGUCGCAAAGGCAGCCUCAGCAUUGAGGACACCUUUGAGAGCAUCAGCGAGCUGGGACCCCUGGAGCUGAUGGGCCGUGAGCUGGACCUGGCCCCCUACGGGGCCCUCCGAAAAUCCCAGUCGGCCGACUCCCUGAACUCCAUCUCCUCCGUGAGCAACACCUUCGGGCAGGACUUCACGCUGGGCCAGGUGGAGGUGAGCAUGGACUACGAUGCCGCCUCCCACACCCUCCACGUGGCUGUGCUGCAGGGCAAGGACCUCCUGGAGCGGGAGGAAGCCAGCUUCGAGUCCUGCUUCAUGCGCGUCAGCCUGCUGCCGGACGAGCAGAUCGUGGGCAUUUCCCGGAUCCAGAGGAAUGCCUACUCCAUCUUCUUCGACGAGAAGUUCUCCAUCCCCCUGGACCCUGCAGCCCUGGAGGAGAAGAGCCUGCGGUUUUCCGUGUUUGGCAUCGAUGAAGAUGAGCGGAAUGUGAGCACAGGGGUGGUGGAGCUGAAGCUUUCUGUGCUUGACCUCCCGCUGCAGCCCUUCGGCGGCUGGCUCUACCUACAGGACCAGAACAAGGCCGCCGACGCUGUGGGCGAGAUCCUGCUGUCCCUCAGCUACCUCCCGACGGCCGAGCGCCUUACAGUGGUCGUGGUGAAAGCCAAGAAUCUCAUCUGGACCAACGACAAGACCACAGCGGACCCUUUCGUCAAGGUGUACCUGCUGCAGGAUGGGAGGAAGAUGAGCAAAAAGAAGACGGCUGUGAAGAGGGACGACCCUAACCCAGUGUUCAAUGAAGCCAUGAUCUUCUCAGUGCCAGCCAUUGUGCUCCAGGACCUGUCUCUCCGUGUGACGGUAGCUGAGAGCAGCAGUGAUGGCUGUGGGGACAACGUGGGCCACGUCAUCAUCGGGCCGUCGGCCAGUGGCAUGGGCACCACGCACUGGAACCAGAUGCUGGCCACGCUGCGCAGGCCCGUGUCCAUGUGGCACCCUGUCCGGCGAAACUAGCAGCCAGGGCAGGGCCCGGGUGGCCACCGGAGCCCGGCAUGAACUCAGCUCCAACACCCUUCUCUGUAGUCUGGCUGGAACCAUGAACGCUGGGGUCCCCCGGUGGAGUCCCCAAGAGCCAUCUUGGUCCCUCUAUCCAGGCUGCGGUGGAGGAACAGGCCCGGCUGGAUGUCUAGGGACCCAGGGUUGUCUCCCACUGAGGACCAGCCGUGGCCUGGCCAGGGCCCGGGGAGGGCAGCCAGGCAUUGGCCCACUGUGCUCCCAUUUUGAGCUCCCCAACAGGCCUGUCCCUUGGCCUUGGGGGGGCCUUGGCCUCUCAGAGCUCCCCACAUCCCAUCCCUGCUGGGAGACCAUGCACAAGGACCAUGAGUCUUGGAGGCCAGGUGCUGUGCAAGGCACAGGCUGGGGUGACACGAACAAGGCACAGUUCCUAGGAGUUGGGAAGACAAGAUCCCCUUGCCCUGGUGAUCUGCUCUUGGCGGAUGGCGGCCCCUCCACGUAGACCUGGGGAGGGCUCUGGGGCUGGGGAGCUGGGGGACAAGAUGGGAGCUAUGCUGUGAGGGGCAGGGAAAGAACUGAGUGUCCCAGGCCAGUGGCCCAUCUGCAGCAUGGCAGGGUAAGAACAUCCCCGUCACAAAUGCAGUUCUCACCCUACUGCCGUGGACACAAGGGCCUCUCUCUGGGCAGGAGGAGAGACCGAGGGACCAGGCCAAUCAGUGGCCCGCAGGCCACCUGGGACGCUGGGUCAUCCUCUAUGAAAUACAACUGUCACCCUUAUAAGGCCCAGGGGUCCAAAGAGCCCCAGACCCAGGUCCUUGUGUUCAGGCAUUGGCUCCACGGCGUUUGUUGGUGUCCCUCCAGGCCAGGCCCUGCGGGGAAGAGAGAUGCCUCAGCCUUUGGGGGGCUGGUGGGCAAUGGGGCGGCAGAAUACACACUGCCGAGGGGCAUGGGAGAGGCCUCUGUGGGCAGCAGGCACCUGGGAGGACACAGUGGAGCAGGAAGCCUUGGGCUGGGCCUUGCAGGAAGGGGCGGC